AUGGACGUAACACGCUUCCUACAGAGUGCGAUAUCAUCCAGUGACCACUUCCUGCUCAGCCUACACCCCCUCAACACCACAACACCCCUAGCCCAAUCCCUAUACACUCUGUGCGCGUCCAUCAACGAGAGACGCUCCAGACACCACGUGCACGUAUCUACCCACGUGGCCAAUGCCAUACACAGCAACGCUCGCCUGGUACAAGGUACGCAGCAGGAUGCGCACGAGCUGUUCUUAGUACUGCUGGAUAGGCUGGACGCCGAAAGAGGGGCCAGCAAUGUGCGCAAGGAGGUGUUGGGAGAUGGCUUGCGGCUGGUUUUAGGACAUUCGAGGCCCGGAAAUGCGGAAACGAGGGUGCACGGAGAGAGUGUGAGGGAGUUUAGGGGACAGUUGAGGCCCGAAAGUUUGAAUGGGGUGUGCCCUGGAUUGCAAGCACGGGCCGGUGCGUUUGCGAAGGGUCAAAAGGAACAAGAUUCAGCCAUGAUGGGGUUGUUGGCCUCACAUCUGGCGUGCCAGAUGUGUGGUGGGCAGUUCCAGAUCAGAGUGGACCCCUUCAGAGAUUUGAGCUUACCACUACCUGUCGAUACGGCAAGUGUAUCGCUGAGAGCCUGUCUCUCCACAUACUUCGAGCCACAAGUGAUAUCAGACUAUUGGUGUUGGCGGUGUAGUGCUCUGGAGGCAAUUGAAACACACGCUGAUAUGCUGACUGCAUCCGAGGUAGGGGAUAGUGAGCUUUGUAGUACUGUGUAA